AGAAGGAAAAGACACUGCUUCCUCCUUUAUUUAUUUUCAUUUUUUUUCCCAUGUCUUUUUUCCCCCCCUCUUCUAUUCCAUUCUAUUUACUAUUCAAUGAAUUUAUCACGACAUGCUUUUGAUACAUUACCAUGUUGACUAAUCCCAACGAACCACUCCUUCUCUCUCUUUUCUCCCUGUACCCCGUAACACUUGGUUAGGAGACAUUGUGGUACUCAUUUUUCUUUAGUUGGUGUCUCCCUGGCUGUUUCUAACCGAAGCAUAAGUUACAGACACACCCUAUUCCCCCGUCUCUCUCUCUCUCUCUCUCUGAGGAUUACUUGCACAACACUACUACUAAAGCACUCAACUUUCAGAUUCGCAUGUUCUUGUACGUUGGUGCAAGGCCACUGUAUCUCUCUAGCUUCAGUUCAGUUACUGAUGCUGUUUCAUCUACUUUCUUCAAUUUGUACACUACAGCUACUUCUAAACUAUGCAGCCUUUUCAAUUGUAAACCUUUUUCUGCUUCCUAAGAUUCAAUCAGUAACACCAAUAAUAUAACAACAGGAACUGAACUACAGAGGUAGAAAAAUCUGAACCCUGAUGUUAGCCAGUGAGAGUAUUCCGCAUUCGCAAGACUUCUAGUAAACUUCACCUACAACUCUAUUAUACUUCAACGGUUGAAGCAACUUCCAAAGGUAUACCAUAGAAUAGAGAGAAACAGAAGUGCAUGCCAUUCUGCAAGAACUCUCAAAGCAAUUGUUACGGCAUAAACUCGAAUUUGGUAGUUUAUUUUUUUCUUCUUCUUUAAUAUGUGGAGGACAUCAUCUUCAAUGAAUUGAAGGGAUUUCAGGAUUGCAUAUAAAAAUCAAUGAGGUUAAGUGGCAGAACUUGAGGUUUUAAAGAGAUUUUCUUCUUGACGACUUGGUAUUCAUAACAACAAAUAAAAAUGAAGUUCAUGAAACUUGGAACAAAGGCAGAUACUUUCUACACUGAACAAGCUACCAGGACUCUGAUAUCAGAGAUAGUUGUAGACCUUGUGAUACAAAUCAAUGAUAUUACUUAUUUGUUACACAAGCUGCAGUUUCCGCUUCUUCCAAAAUGUGGCCUCCUACAAAGGUUUUGCUGUGAUACAAGUGAUUCUGAGAGUGUCUCUCUAGAGCUUCAUGAUAUACCUGGAGGAGAAGACGCUUUUGAACUCUGUGCCAAGUUUUGUUACGGAAUUGCAAUCAACAUAAGUGCCCAUAACUUUGUAUCCGCUCUCUGUGCUGCCAAGUUCCUUAGAAUGAAUGAUUCCAUUGAGAAGGGAAACUUUGUAGGCAAACUUGAGUCUUUCUUCAACUCAUGCAUUCUUGAAGGUUGGAAGGAUUCCAUUGCCACGCUUCAAACUACUGCUACGUUGCCAGAGUGGUCUGAGAAUCUUGGUAUUGUUAGAAAGUGCAUUGAUUCAAUUAUUGAGAAAAUUCUCACGCCCCCACCACAGGUCAAAUGGUCCUACACCUACACCAGGCCAGGUUACACAAAAAAACAGCACCACUCUGUGCCAAAGGAUUGGUGGACGGAGGAUGUUUCUGAUCUUGACAUAGAUCUUUUCAGGUGCAUAAUCAUGGCUAUUAGAUCAACCUAUGUGCUCCCUCCGCAGCUUAUUGGAGAAGCUUUGCAUGUCUAUGCCUGCCGGUGGCUACCGGGCCUCACGAAGAUAAAAAGUUCUGGCAGUUCAGCAUCUCAAACAGAAGAAUCUAAGGAGAAAAACCGGAAAAUUCUUGAAACAAUUGUGAGCAUGAUUCCUGCCGAUAGAGGGUCUGUUUCGGUUGGCUUCUUGUUUAGGCUUCUCAGCAUUUCAAUUCACCUUGGUGUCUCAUCGGUCACAAAAACAGAACUAAUAAGAAGAGCCAGCCUACAGUUUGAAGAGGCAACAGUGAGUGACCUACUUUACCCUUCAACAUCCUCUUCUGACCAGAAUUAUUAUGAUACAGAGUUGGUUCUAGCAGUGUUGGAAACUUUCUUGAAGCUUUGGAAAAGAAUGUCGCCUGGGGCUGUGGAUAACAGCUACUUUUUGAGAUCAAUCAGAAAUGUUGGCAAGCUCAUCGAUUCCUAUCUUCAAGUGGUCGCAAGGGAUGACAACAUGCAGGUAUCAAAGUUUGUGUCUCUUGCUGAAACUGUGCCCAGUAUUGCCCGGGAAGAUCAUGAUGAUCUCUACCAAUCAAUUAGCAUCUAUCUUAAGGUACAUCCUGACCUGAGCAAGGCAGACAAGAAGCGCCUGUGUGGGAUUCUAGACUGCCAAAGAUUGUCCCCAGAAGUGCGUGCCCAUGCAGUAAAAAACGAGCUUCUGCCAUUAAGAACCGUUGUGCAACUUCUCUAUUUUGAACAAGACAAAGGCUCUAAGGCAACCACAAGUCACAAACUGCCAAAGCCACAUGAGAUACUUCUGGGAGCAAAACAUAGACCAGCUACAGCAACAACUAAAGAAGAAUUCAAUAGAGAAGAAAUUAGAGAAAGGGACCACCACAAAACUAAAAGAUCUGAUGGUAAGUUGUUGGCCUUGGACUUGGAAAAAAAGAUGGCUAUAAGAGAAGACAUUGAGGAGACCCAGUCUGAGAAGGCCAGGGGAGUCAAAGAUGCAAGUAGUUCAAGCGGCAAGGUGGACUUGGACCCCAAAAAAAUCAUUAGAAGGGCAAGAAGUAAAUCAGAACAUGGCGUCAAAAAGUAAGAUUGAGAUCACCAUGAUAACAAUAAUAAUAAUCUUUGGAGAAUUCCUACAAAAUCACUGUCUGCAAUUUGUAACUUCAAUUCUUAUUAUUUCUUUCUUACCGUGUCAUAAAUGUAAGCAAUGUAUAAAUCCUUUGUACUAUCUCUUUCCCUUAAGAGUUGUAUGUAGGGAAAUUAUUUUUUUACACCAUUAUUAUUUUGCAUCUUUUUGUUUGAUAAAGAGAGACAAAGAGAGAUCAUAUGUAUCAAAAAA